UCGCCGCCGCCGUCCCCGGCCCCAGCCCGCCGCGCGCCGCCCACGCCCCGGACCGGACCCUUGCGCCGUCCGCGACUGUGGCGUCCUGGAGUUGAUGGGAGCUGCAGCACCAAGCCCGGCCAGCCUCCCUCCCAGCCAGUGACAACAGCUCUGCAGCGCCUGGACCCCGCCCACCCGCCUGAGUCCUCUGCCCGGGUUCCCAGGGAUGCGCCUCCUCCUGAGAGUCCCCUCCAUCGUCCCUUAGAGGAACAGGCUGCCGCUGCACCCCCACCAGCCUCCAUUGCCCUGACCUUAUUUCCACCUGAUGGUGCCAGAGGCUGCUUCCCAGCCGGUAUCCUGAGAUCCUCGUUCCCUUGGUGGCUUGGUUGUUUCAGCCUCCGUUCUUGAUUGGGGGGCGGUGGUCUGGGUGUGAUUCCUGUGGGGGAAACCAGCCCGAGGUGCCUUGGCUCAGGCUUGCCUGGAGCCUCGUCAUGUACCCGUCUGUGGCCCCUAGAAUCACCUGUUGCUCCUUUUCACUGGGUUUCUCCCCAGACCAAGCCCCUGGAUUUGAGCUUCUGAGCAGCCAACUGUGAUUUUUUUCAUAAAGGAAAGAAUUUUGCUCCUAGAUUUAUUUCUAAUCCUUCUCUCCGUAACUGACCUUUUCUCUGUAGGCUAUUUGUGGCUCUAGUGAGUUUUUGCUUGCUUGCUUGUUUUUGUUUUAUCUUUGCCCUGAACAUCCAUCCUGGCCUCGGCUGCCUCCCUCCUUGAGUUCUGCGCUGCACCUCCUGUCUCAGCCUCCCAGAGAGGGUGGUGAGGGUGCUGAUGCCCAGAGAUACCACCCGGCGAAUGGACUUCUCCCGUCAUGCAGGGCAGGGCAGGGCUGCCAGCAGAGCCUUGUCCUGAACCCUAUCUCCUCCCCCCUGCUCUCCUUAAGGGUCUUUCCCAGAUGUGAAGGUCGCUCCCAGGCUCUACUGAGGCCAGACCAAUUCCCAGUGGCUUGGGGACCCUCGUUCACUCCAGCACCAGCCCCUGCCCUCCUGCUUUCUGGGCCAGGCUGCCAGGUCUUUCACCGUCUGGACUCAUCUCUGGGUAACUCAUGGUGUGAGUGGCCACGUGGCUGGCUCAGGUGUUUGGAGAGUGAACACCAGGUCCCCUCCUCCCCACCCCCGGCCUCUCAGAAACACGCCCAGCCCCACGAUGGCAGCAGAGACACUCAACUUUGGGCCUGAGUGGCUCAGGGCCCUGUCUGGGGGCGGCAGCGUGGCCUCCCCACCUCCAUCCCCUGCCAUGCCCAAAUACAAGCUGGCUGAUUACCGCUAUGGGCGAGAGGAGAUGCUGGCCCUCUACGUCAAGGAGAACAAGGUCCCAGAAGAGCUGCAGGACAAGGAGUUUGCCGCGGUGCUGCAGGACGAGCCACUGCAGCCCCUGGCCCUGGAGCCGCUGACUGAGGAGGAACAGAGAAACUUCUCCCUGUCAGUGAACAGCGUGGCUGUGCUGAGGCUGAUGGGGAAAGGGGCUGGCCCCCCCCUGACUGGCACCUCCCGAGGCAGGGGCAGCACGCGGAGCCGAGGCCGUGGCCGCGGUGACAGCUGCUUUUACCAAAGAAGCAUCGAAGAAGGUGAUGGGGCCUUUGGACGAAGCCCCCGGGAGAUCCAGCGCAGCCAGAGCUGGGAUGACAGAGGCGACAGGCGGUUUGAGAAGUUAGCAAGGCGGGAUGGAGCACGAUGUGGGUUUGAGGAGGGAGGGGCUGGCCCAAGGAAGGAGCAUGCCCGCUCAGACAGCGAGAACUGGCGCUCCUUACGGGAGGAGCAGGAGGAGGAGGAGGAGGGCAGCUGGAGGCUUGGGGCAGGGCCCCGGCGAGAUGGCGACCGCUGGCGCUCCGCCAGCCCUGAUGGCGGUCCCCGCUCUGCUGGCUGGCGGGAACAUGGGGAACGGAGGCGCAAGUUUGAAUUUGAUUUGCGAGGGGAUCGAGGCGGGUGUGGUGAAGAGGAGGGGCGGGGAGGGGGAGGCAGCUCUCACCUGCGGCGGUGCCGAGUGCCUGACGGCUUUGAGGAGGACAAGGAUGGGCUCCCAGAGUGGUGCCUGGACGAUGAGGAUGAAGAAAUGGGCACCUUUGAUGCCUCUGGGGCCUUCUUGCCUCUCAAGGUAUCUGCGAGGAGGCGAGGGUGGGAACCUGCCCUGCUGGGGUCCUCUUCCUCCUCACCCACCCAGCUGUUCUCUGCCCCCCACCCCUGCCCCAUGCAGAAGGGCCCCAAGGAGCCCAUUCCUGAGGAGCAGGAGCUGGACUUCCAAGGGCUGGAGGAGGAGGAGGAGCCUUCCGAAGGGCUAGAGGAGGAAGGGCCUGAGGCGGGUGGGAAGGAGCUGACCCCACUGCCUCCUCAGGAGGAGAAGUCCAGCUCCCCGUCCCCACUACCCACCCUGGGCCCACUCUGGGGGACAAACGGGGAUGGGGACGAAGCUGCGGAGAAAGAGCCCCCAGUGGCCGAAGAUGAUAUUCGGGGGAUCCAGCUGAGUCCUGGGGUGGGCUCCCCUGCUGGCCCACCUGGAGAUCUGGAGGAUGAUGAAGGCUUAAAGCACCUGCAGCAGGAGGCGGAGAAGCUGGUGGCCUCCCUGCAGGACAGCUCCUUGGAGGAGGAGCAGUUCACAGCUGCCAUGCAGACCCAGGGCCUACGCCAUUCUGCAGCCGCCACUGCCCUCCCGCUCAGCCAUGGAGCUGCCCGGAAGUGGUUCUACAAGGAUCCGCAGGGCGAGAUCCAAGGCCCCUUCACGACACAGGAGAUGGCAGAGUGGUUCCAGGCUGGCUACUUCUCCAUGUCACUGCUGGUGAAGCGGGGCUGUGAUGAGGGCUUCCAGCCUCUAGGCGAGGUGAUCAAGAUGUGGGGCCGUGUGCCCUUUGCCCCAGGGCCCUCACCACCCCCACUGCUGGGAAACAUGGACCAGGAGCGGCUGAAGAAGCAGCAGGAGCUGGCCGCGGCUGCGUUGUACCAGCAGCUGCAGCACCAGCAGUUUCUUCAGCUGGUCAGCAGCCGCCAGCUCCCACAAUGCGCGCUUCGAGAAAAGGCAGCUCUGGGGGACCUGACACCGCCGCCGCCGCAGCAGCAGCAGCAGCUCACGGCAUUCCUGCAGCAGCUCCAGGCGCUCAAACCCCCCAGAGGCGGGGACCAGAACCUGCUCCCGACGAUGAGCCGGUCCUUGUCGGUGCCGGAUUCGGGCCGCCUCUGGGACGUACAUACCUCAGCCUCAUCACAGUCAGGUGGUGAGGCCAGUCUUUGGGACAUACCAAUUAACUCUUCGACUCAGGGUCCAAUUCUAGAACAACUCCAGCUGCAACAUAAAUUCCAGGAGCGCAGAGAAGUGGAGCUCAGGGCGAAGCGGGAGGAAGAGGAACGCAAGCGCCGGGAGGAGAAGCGCCGCCAGCAGCAGCAGGAGGAGCAGAAGCGGCGGCAAGAGGAGGAAGAGCUGUUUCGGCGCAAGCAGGUACGGCAGCAGGAGCUGUUGCUGAAGUUGCUACAGCAGCAGCAGCAGGCAGUCCCCGUGCCCCCCGCGCCCAGCUCCCCGCCCCCACUCUGGGCUGGCCUGGCCAAGCAGGGGCUGUCCAUGAAGACACUCCUGGAGUUGCAGCUGGAGGGCGAGCGGCAGCUGCACAAACAGCCCCCACCUCGGGAGCCAGCUCGGGCCCAGGCCCCCAACCACCGAGUGCAGCUUGGGGGCCUGGGCACUGCCCCCCUGAACCAGUGGGUGUCUGAGGCUGGGCCGCUGUGGGGCGGGCCAGACAAGAGUGGGGGCGGCAGCAGCAGCCUGGGGCUCUGGGAGGACACCCCCAAGAGCGGCGGGAGCCUGGUCCGCGGCCUCGGCCUGAAGAACAGCCGGAGCAGCCCAUCUCUCAGUGACUCGUACAGUCACCUAUCAGGUCGGCCCAUUCGCAAAAAGACAGAGGAAGAAGAGAAGCUGCUGAAGCUGCUGCAGGGCAUCCCCAGGCCCCAGGAUGGCUUCACCCAGUGGUGUGAGCAGAUGCUGCACACACUGAGCGCCACAGGCAGCCUGGAUGUGCCCAUGGCUGUAGCGAUCCUCAAGGAGGUGGAAUCCCCCUAUGAUGUCCACGAUUAUAUCCGUUCCUGCUUGGGGGACACGCUGGAAGCCAAAGAAUUUGCCAAACAAUUCCUGGAGCGGAGGGCCAAGCAGAAAGCCAGCCAACAGCGGCAGCAGCAGCAGGAGGCGUGGCUGAGCAGCGCCUCCCUGCAGACGGCCUUCCAGGCCAACCACAGCACCAAACUCGGCCCCGGGGAGGGCAGCAAGGCCAAGAGGCGGGCACUGAUGCUGCACUCAGACCCCAGCAUCCUGGGGUACUCCCUGCACGGAUCUUCUGGUGAGAUCGAGAGCGUGGAUGACUACUGACCAGCCCGGACCCCCAGCCCCUGGGCUGUAGGCCAGGGCGGCUGCGGCGGCAUGGACCGAGGGUCCCAGCCUGCAGGCUCCCCGCAGGGAGCAGAGGCGGCGGCAGGGGCGGGGUCCCCAGCACUUGUUACAAACACACGAUGCACCUUAACUCACCCACCACGAGGCACUUUACAGACUGGGGGAGGGGGUUUUCUUUUUAUUAUUUUUUUUUAAUUUUAAACGACUUUGAAGAAAAGUUAGGAGAGGCAAAAAUAUUGUUAAAAACUAGACUCUAAACACCCCUUCCCGCUGUGAGGAUAGUGGGUGUGACGAUGGAAGGUCCACAGAGGAUUUUUGUUUUUUGUUUUUUUAAGAAAAAAGAUGAAAAAUGAAAAAAAAAUGGUUAGGAGGCUGAAAGAAAAAACACACUGUUAUUUUGGGGCAGUGGGGACACAGGCCCCGUGGACCUGUCCUGCCUGGCCCCCAAGGCCACACUUACCCCCCCGGAAGGUGGGCCAUGGGGUAACUGGAGGCUGAGGGCCAGCAGUUUGCACAGGAGGCCUGUCUGAGCCCCGCCCACUGGACCCGCUGUGAGCAGCUCCUUUCGCCAGGGUUGGCUGAGGUGUCCGGGGUGGGGCCAAAGUAGCCCCUUGGCUUCGCUGCUUUGGGGGACAGUUGCACAAAUUGGAAGAGCUGCCCCAGCUCUCUGGCUGCCAUCCUGUGCUGGCCGAGUAGAUGGGAGGGGCCAGGCUGUGCCAACCUCUCUGGCUGGCAGGGUGGGGCAGCAGGACUCUGACUCUGGCCCUGGUGAGGGGCGUCCCCCACCGCUGCCAUUUUGGGGGACACCCUGCGUUUGAACCUGAAAGCCCCAGCUCUCUGCCUUGCCACGUGAAUGUAUUCUUUGGGCCGCAAGCCCCCACCUCACCCCUGCCUGGCUCCUGCCUCACCUCUGUGAGCGGCGGGGGUGGAUGAUUGCUCCGGAGGCUGCAGAGAGAAGGCUGAGCUGUUUCUCCCGUGAAGGGGGCAGGAGGAGGGGCCUCAAAGGCAAGGAGUGGGUGGCUUUGGGCUUAGGGUUGCAGUGGAGGGGCUGCCACCUGGGGCCCCAGCCUGCAGCCAGCUUGUGAGGUAUGGACCACCCAGCUCUGCACCUGACCCCUCCGCCGACCAAAUGGGAGAGGAGCAGGAGGUCUCCCGGGUCUGAUAUGAUGCGCUUUUUACCGUUGGGUAAGGUUGGGGUGAAGAGAAGCGUGCGGCUCCUGGGUCAAGGGAAGCUGCCCCUUCUAUUGCUCACCCACUUCUUAUUCCCAGUCCCCUGCUUGGGUUCCUCUCCACCCAUUUUGGGUUUUGUAAGUUUUGUCUUUUGGGUUUCUCAUCCAGCUCCUCCCAUUGACCUCAUUGCUCAGAGUGCAGUAUUAGGGCAAGGCUCCGCCACUGCCUCCCUCCAUGAAUGUAUUUCUCCCUCCUGCCCUGGGGAUGUGGGGAGUGGCCCCUUUCUUUCCCCAUCUAGCCCCAGAAAGAUGGUGUUUGGUUUUUUGUUGUUAGGGUUUUUUUUUUGUUGUUGUUGUUUUUUUGCACCAAAGUGGCAACUAGGUCAGUGUUGGGGGAUCAAGCUGGCCUCGGGGUGGGGGGCCCCCACCUGCUUCUCCCUGGUUCCCACAGUGUUAGCGUCCCUGAAAAGACAAUAUUCUCUCUAAAGCAAUAAGGGGUGACGGGCCGGGGGGAGUGUUUGCUGCUGCUGGCCCCCAGCUCCCCUUCCCAAGUGUGGGGGAGACUCCUGUUGUGACUGAAUGUAACCCCCCCACCCCUGCCGCAGCCAAUGCAGGGGAAGGGGGACACUUCCUGUCUCUUCCUGCCCCUUCUCCCCAGCUAAAGAGACUUUGGAUUUAGGGGGCCCAUGAGCCUGGAGAGGCCUUAACCCUGUGAGGAAGUAUAGGGGGAGCCCUCUCCCACCCCCAUCCCUUUCUGAGAGUGGUCAAUGUUUACAAGCCCCUGAGCCCCCCUGCCCAGGGACUCAGACCCUGUUGCUGUCCUUCCCCCGGCCCCGGUCUUCCUGGGCCCUCGCUGCUCCCCUGCCCUUCCUGGGGUUGGGGUGGGUGCAGGGGUCGCUGUGUUCCCUGUCUGCCUUGUACCCACAAUCUCCCCGCCCCCUCUCCACCCUGUGUGACUUCCCUCUUUACCUGCUCCUGUAAAUACUCCCUUCUCCCAAUAAAACUUGGUGUGUGUUCUCCC